CUAAGCAUCCACAACAUCCAAAGCAAAAACCUACUAAACAAUCCAUGGCUAAGCUUCUCCAAACCCUAAUCCCACUCCUCUCCUUCCUCCUCCUCGCCGCCACCACGGCGAGGUCGCAGUCGACCUCCUUCUGGUACGAUUUCUACGGCCAGAAACCAACCGACCUAAUCUACCAAGGCGACGCCCACUUCCCCUCCGACUCCACCUUCCUCCGCCUCACCAACACCGACUCCUCCGGCGAACCCCUCAAACACCGCAUCGGCGCUGCCGUCUACUCGAAACCAAUCCAAUUCUGGCAAGCCGGCGCCCAGGUCGACUUCGAAACCACCGUCAAAUUCAACAUCAGGCCCGGCUCCCUCCCCGGCGACGGCCUCGCCUUCUUCAUCCGCCCCGUCGGCGCCGCCUCCGGCGCCACCGGCGGCGGCCUCGGGAUCUUCUACUCGAACGUCCACACGGUGUUCGCGGUGGAAUUCGAUACAUACUCGAACCCGGGGGUGGACCCGGACUACCGCCACGUGGGGAUUGACAUCGGGUCGAAUAUCUCAGAGAACACUACCGAUGUUGGGAGCGCGAUUCUCGGGCGGGAGGUGACUGCCCGGAUCAACUACCAGAAGGCGACGAAGGAGAUCAGAGCUGUGGUGAGCGCGGGGUCAGAGAGCUUUGAGGUGAGCUAUGUGUAUGACUUGAGCACUUUCCUUCCUCAGGAGGUGGAGGUCGGGAUUUCGGCGAGCACCGGCGGUGCGGUGGCGAUUCAUGACCUUGUUUCGUGGUAUUUUACUUCGACUAUGGUGUAUACCAGCGGGCCCGGCGGAUACAUUUCCGAAGUUGUGUGAUUUAGUGGUGUGGGAUGAGUACUAAGAAUAAGAGGAUGUCCAUCAGUUUGUGUUUAUGUUGUUACUAUGAAUAAUGAAUGUAUGUGUGUCGUAAAUAAGGACUUCCCUACUACUAUCAUGUACGUACGUACCAUGCUUUUAUGAAAUUACUAUGUCAUUAA